GCUGGAGUUGGACCAUCGAUAUAACCUUCGAGAGUUUACGGAUGUUUUAUGUUUACGUUAAUUAUACAGUCAUUUAAUUUAUGUUAUCUUUCACGAGAGAAUAUGAAAUUUAAAUAUAAGCAUCUUUAAUCGUUCUUGUCCAGAAUGUUGCUGAGCCAGAUGAUUAGUGCUCCAUUGUUGCACGAGAAAUAUUUAUUCAUAACUGUACGCAACAGGAGAGCAUUAAUAAAGAGAGAGAAGCGUGAUCUAAAAAUCUAAGGUGAUGACAUAAUGAAGACUAACCUGAUAACGUUUCUGAUCAAGAGAACUGUACCACAGCUGCAUUAUUUAUGUCGUUACGGUUCUUCUGCCGCAAGCACAUGCAGCGCCUACGACCUAGUGAUCGUCGGCGGUGGCAUCGUCGGCUGCGCUACCGCCCGCGAGAUGAUCAUGAGACAUCCAAACAUGAAGAUGGCUAUCGUGGAAAAGGAGAACGCCCUAGCCAUGCAUCAAACAGGGCACAACAGCGGAGUGGUACACGCCGGCAUUUAUUACACUCCUGGAAGUAUGAAGGCGAAGCUCUGUGUGGAAGGAUUAAAACUUAGCUAUGAAUACUUUUGUAAAAACAACAUACCCCACAAGAAGGUUGGCAAGUUAAUUGUUGCCCAGAAUCCAACACAAGUCAAAAGGAUAGACGACCUCUUCGAUCGAGGUACAAAGAACAAUGUACCGGAUCUUCAAAUUGUUGAGAAAGACUGCAUAUCUAAAUACGAGCCAAAGUGCAAGGGAGAAAAGGCUCUAUGGUCACCAUGGACAGGCAUAGUAGAUUGGGCAGUUGUAUGUAAAGCUUUCGCCGAAGAUUUUCAGAAAAUGGGAGGUGAGAUUUUCCUCAAUUUCGAAGCAGUUGGAUUUGCAGAAAUGACGGAAUCGAAAGAAAAAAGUCAACUUGCUCCCAUCUCUGUCCAAUCGAAAAAUCGAUGCAUACCAACGAAAUAUGUACUGACGUGUGCUGGUUUGCAUUCGGAUCGUCUGGCGAUAAUGACGGGCUGCGAUCAAAGUCCUAGAAUAGUACCAUUUCGCGGCGAAUAUCUUCUUCUAAAUGAUAACAAGCGGCAUCUCUGCACGACCAACGUGUAUCCGGUACCCGACCCCAGAUUCCCAUUUCUAGGCGUGCACUUUACACCUAGAAUAUCGGGCGAUAUUUGGCUAGGUCCUAACGCUGUCCUCGCAUUCGCUAGAGAAGGCUAUAGCUGGUUCGAUAUAAAUAUAAGAGAUUGCAUAGAAAUGGCAAAAUUUCCUGGUUUAUAUAAACUGUGCUUCCGAUAUUUUCUACCAGGCUGUAAGGAAGUGUUAAAAUCAAUUUUCUAUCCACUGGCAGUGAAGGAUCUACAAAAGUUUAUUCCCGAAGUUUCGUACAAAGAUGUCAAAAGAGGACCAGCGGGAGUGAGAGCGCAGGCGCUAGAUAAAGACGGCAAGUUAGUUGACGACUUCGUUUUCGACGGAGGCAUUGGUGCAAUUGGUAGCAGAGUAUUGCAUUGUCGAAAUGCACCAUCACCUGCUGCAACUAGUUCUAUGGCGAUAGCAAAAUUCAUUGCUGAUAAACUCGAUCGGGAUUUCAAAUUUUGAAAUCGAUGUUGAUAUAUACAUGUGUGUGUGUAAUUGUCUAAAUUAAAAGACAACACAGACAUUUAAAGAAAAAAUAUCCAAAGAAGGUAUAUAUAUUUUUUUUUAAUAUGUACAAUUUGUAUUAUUUGUAAGCAAAACAGUUUUCAUAUAUAUAUAAUAUAUAUGAAACAAUAUAUA